AUGCCGACCGACGUGCCCGAUCGAACACAAGGAGGUUGUCGUCGUCCAGGAUCAUAUUGCACAUAUAUGUACAAUGAUACAUGUCUUGAUGGUGUACCUUGUGUAGCAACAACAGUUCAAGAUUCUCUCGUCGAUGAACUCACGGAGAAUAUCGCCGCAGAGUUGAACAACACGUAUGGUCUAAAGCCAUUCGUUGUCAUUGCAAAAUGGCAUCGAAAAAAGGUUGACUAUAAUAGAGAAAUCAACGAAGCAACAUUCAAUCAUCCUGAGUCUAUUAGUGCUUAUCAAAAUUAUCAUACAAAUCUUCAAUAUGCCAUCGAUCAAGUAAACCAACAAUAUGGCACAGGUCUUCUUGUUGAUGUUCACGGUCACGGUGAAGGAAACUUUACAAUGGUUGGAUGCCUUUUAUAUAGCUCUCUACUCAACAGAGAUGAUCUUGAAUCAACACUUGCUACGAUUACAUCAAUCGAACAAAUUUGUUCUUUGUCCAAUCGAACAGAAUGCAUUCGAGGGCAAACCUCAUUUGGUACAAUUAUGGAAAAAAACGAACUUGGCAUUGCCUAUCCAUCAUUGGCACAUCCAAAGCCAGGAAAUGGUACUUUCUAUGAAGGUGGUUUCAUAACAGGCAAUUAUAUUUGGAAGAUAAAUGCUAUUCAAACUGAACUACCAUGGAGUAUUCGUGGUGGAAAAUAUAAACUCUUGAACGCUAAAAGAUAUGCACGUACUCUAAUUGAUUAUAUGACAGCAAACAAUCUUUUUAUGAAAAAAUAA